AUGGGUGGAGUGGAUAGGGUGCUGGUAGAUGAAGCUCAUACCAUUAAAUCCUGGAAGACAAUGGUUGCUCGUGCUGCCUUUGUGUUGUCCUCAAACUGUCAGUGGUGUCUUACAGGGACGCCUCUUCAGGUUCAAUUUGAUCAGUUUGUGGCACAAGGGAAGGUCCUUCGUAACCAUGCUUCAAUCCUUGAGCUACUACUUCAACUGAGGCAGUGUUGCAAUCACCCAUGUCUGGUUAUGAGGUAG